AUGGAGCUGGGAGCGGGCUUCACCAUCUUUCUGGGACUCUGCUUGUCUUGCCUCAUCAUCCUCAUUGCCUGGAAACGAAACAACAAGGGAGGAAAGCUGCCCCCAGGCCCCACACCAAUACCUUUCCUGGGGAACCUGCUACAAGUUCGCACUGAUGCCACCUUUCAGUCUUUCCUGAAGCUCAGAGAGAAAUACGGCCCUGUGUUCACUGUGUACAUGGGACCCCGGCCAAUAGUUGUUUUAUGUGGACAUGAAGCAGUGAAGGAAGCCCUGGUAGACCAAGCAGAUGAGUUCAGUGGCCGUGGAAACUUGGCUUCAGUAGACCGAAACUUCCAAGGUCAUGGUGUAGUUAUGGCCAAUGGAGAUCGCUGGAGGAUUCUCCGACGUUUCUCUCUGACCAUCCUUCGGGACUUCGGGAUGGGAAAGCGGAGCAUUGAGGAACGGAUCCAGGAGGAGGCCGGCUACCUACUGGAGGAAUUCCGGAAGACCAAGGGUGCCCCCAUUGAACCCACCUUCUUCCUGAGCCGCACAGCCUCCAAUGUUAUCAGUUCUGUUGUCUUUGGAAGUCGCUUCGACUAUGAGGACAAGCAGUUCCUGAAUCUGCUGCAGAUGAUCAACACGGCUUUCGUCGAGAUGAGUACGCCCUGGGCACAGCUAUAUGACAUGUACUCUGGAAUCAUGCAAUAUUUGCCAGGAAGACACAAUCGUAUCUACUACAUAAUAGAGGAGCUCAAGGAUUUCGUUGCCUCCAGGGUCAAGAUCAAUGAAGCAUCCCUUGACCCCCAAGACCCACGGGACUUCAUUGACUGCUUCCUCAUCAAGAUGCACCAGGAUAAAAACAAUCCCCACACAGAAUUCAACCUCAGGAACUUGGUCCUCACCACUCUGAACCUCUUCUUUGCUGGCACAGAGACUGUGAGCUCUACGCUACGCUAUGGAUUCUUGCUGAUAAUGAAGCACCCGGAGGUGGAAGCCAAGAUCCAUGAAGAGAUUGACCGGGUGAUUGGACCACACCGGAUCCCAAGCGUGAAUGACCGGGUCAAGAUGCCCUACACGGACGCCGUGAUCCAUGAGAUACAGAGACUGACAGACAUCGUGCCCAUGGGUGUUCCUCACAACGUCACCCGGGACACUCAUUUCCGAGGCUACCUUCUGCCCAAGGGCACAGACGUAUUUCCCCUGCUUGGUUCAGUCCUCAAAGACCCCAAAUACUUUCAAUACCCAGAUGCCUUCUAUCCUCAACACUUCCUGGAUGGGCAGGGCCGCUUCAAGAAGAAUGAAGCCUUUGUACCUUUUGCCUCUGGAAAGCGCAUCUGUCUGGGCGAGUCCAUGGCGCGCAUGGAACUCUUCCUCUACUUCACCUCCAUCCUUCAGAACUUCUCUCUACGUCCGCUAGUGCCGCCCGCCGACAUCGACGUCACUCCCAUGGUCUCUGGCUUUGGCAACAUUCCCCCGACCUAUGAGCUUUGUCUGCUGGUCCGCUGAGCGCCCCCUGCUGGGCGAGAAAGGAACGUCAAAGAAUGGCUUUGCUAGCAUGAGGCGCACCCAUCCUCCUCACCAGGCCAAUUCUCACAACAUCCCUACAA